GUUAUUUGCUCUAGUUCUGUGAAAUGAUGUUGAAUUUGGACACAUAUCAAGAUGUUCUGAAGAACAGCAACAACCAUUUGGGGAAUAGCCAUUUCAACAUCAUGACCAAAGACAAAGAAUCUAUCACAGGAAGCUUUCAUUUUGUGUACAUUGUGACCUUAAUAGUUGGAACCAUAGUCCAGUUCUCUGAUGAAAGUGAAUUUGUAGUAGACAUGUCAAAUAUGAAGCUUAUUCAUGUCCCAAAAGACCUGCCACCAAAAACCAAAAUCUUAGAUAUGUCUCAGAACAACAUAUCUGAGCUUCACAUCUCUGACAUGAGCUAUCUCUCAGGGCUAAAAGUUUUGAGACUUUCUCAUAAUAGAAUCUGGUGCCUUGAUUUUAGCAUUUUCAAGUUCAACCAGGAUUUGGAAUAUUUGGAUUUAUCUUACAAUCAGUUACAGAAUAUAUCCUGCCAUCUUAUCACAAGUCUCAAGCAUUUAGACCUCUCAUUCAAUGACUUUGAUGUUCUGCCCAUCUGCAAGGAAUUUGGCAAUUUGACGCAACUGCAUUUCUUAGGAUUAAGUGCUACAAAGUUACGACAACUAGAUCUGCUACCAAUUGCUCAUCUGCAUCUAAGUUAUAUCCUUCUGGAUUUAGAAGGUUAUUAUGCAAAAGAAACAGAAAGUCUUCAAAUUCUGAAUACAAAAACACUUCACCUUGUUUUCCAUCCAAAUCAGUUAUUCUCUGUUCAAGUGAACAUAUCAGUUAAUAGUUUAGGGUGCUUACAACUGACUAAUAUUAAAUUGAAUGAUGACAACUGUGAAGUUUUAAUUAAAUUUUUAUCAGGACUCACUAGAGGGCCAACUUUACUGAAUUUUACUCUCGAACAUGUGAAAACAACUUGGAAAUGCCUGGUUAGAAUUUUUCAAUUUCUUUGGCCCAAACCUGUAGAAUAUCUCAAUAUUUAUAAUUUAACAAUAGUUGAGAGGAUUGAUAAAGAAGAUUUUCAUUAUUCUAAAACAGCACUGAAAGCAUUGAAAAUAGAGCAUGUUAAAAAUGAAGUUUUUAUUUUUUCACAGACCGUGUUAUACACAAUUUUUUCUGAGAUGAACAUUAUGAUGUUAACCAUAUCAGAUACACCUUUUAUACACAUGCUUUGUCCUCCGCCAUCAAACACAUUUAAGUUUUUGAACUUUACCCAGAAUGUUUUCACAGAUAGUGUUUUUCAAAAUUGUUCCCAACUAGUUAGAUUGGAAACACUUAUCUUACGAAAGAAUAAAUUAAAAGACCUUUACAAAGUAGGUCUCAUGACUAAGCAUAUGACAUCUUUGGAAAUAUUGGAUGUUAGUGGGAAUUCUUUGGAAUAUGAUAGGUAUGAUGGGGAUUGCACUUGGGCUGGGAGUAUAGUGGUGUUAAAUUUGUCUUCAAACAUACUUGCUGACUCUGUUUUCAGAUGUUUACCUCCCAAGGUCAAGGUACUUGAUCUUCACGAUAACAGAAUAAGGAGCAUUCCUAAACCAAUCAUGAAACUAGAAGCUUUACAAGAACUCAAUGUUGCUUCCAAUUCUUUAGCCUACCUUCCUGACUGUGAUACUUUUAGCAGCCUUUCUGUACUGAUUAUUGACUCUAACUCAAUUUCCAACCCAUCGGCUGAUUUCUUCCAGAGCUGCCAGAAGAUUAGGUCCAUAAGAGCAGGGAACAAUCCAUUCCAAUGUACAUGUGAGCUAAGAGAAUUUGUCCAAAGUCUAGGCCAAGUAUCAAGUGAAGUGGUAGAGGGUUGGCCUGAUUCUUAUAAGUGUGACUAUCCAGAAAACUAUAAGGGAACCCCACUGAAGGACUUUCACAUACCUCAGUUAUCCUGCAACACAACUCUGCUGCUUGUUACCAUUGGGGUCACUGUGCUGGUGUUGGCUGUUACUGUGACUGCCCUCUGUAUCUACUUUGAUCUGCCCUGGUAUCUCAGGAUGGUGUGUCAGUGGACCCAGACCCGGCACAGGGCAAGGAACGUACCUUUAGAAGAACUCCAAAGAACCCUCCAGUUCCAUGCUUUUAUUUCAUACAGUGAACAUGAUUCUGCCUGGGUGAAGAACGAACUGGUACCUUGCCUAGAAAAAGAAGAUAUAAGGAUUUGUCUCCAUGAGAGAAACUUUGUUCCUGGCAAGAGCAUUGUGGAAAAUAUCAUAAACUGCAUUGAGAGAAGUUACAAGUCCAUCUUUGUUUUGUCUCCCAACUUUGUCCAGAGUGAGUGGUGCCAUUAUGAACUCUACUUUGCCCACCACAAUCUCUUUCAUGAAGGCUCUAAUAACUUAAUCUUGAUCUUGCUGGAACCCAUUCCACAGAAAUGCAUUCCCAGCAAGUAUCACAAGCUGAAGGCUCUUAUGACACAGCGGACUUACUUGGAAUGGCCCAAGGAGAAGAGCAAACAUGGACUUUUUUGGGCUAAUAUUAGAGCUGCUUUUAAUAUGAAGUUAGAAUUAAUUGCUGAAAACAAUGAGGCAGAAACUGAA